ACCGUGACCAACAGCCGUCUUACAUCCUCAAUUUUUCUCCUGCAUUUACCAUCAAGUUACCUUUCUUUUUAUUUGUGUUAAUAAAGAUCCCAAAGGGACUAGCACUGGAAAGAUGAUGACUCCGAUGCGUUGCAUCUUGCUUGUCUUGGGCGUUAUUAUUCCAAUUCACUACAUUCUGAGCUUUGCAUAUGAGGAAUACGGAAAGGCGACAUUCAUCUCAAGUAUCGCAGGAAAAUGGACUGGUCCGAAGUUAAGCCCUCCCUACAAAACACCCGUGCCCGACGAGUACUACAAACCUGAUUCGCUCAUGCACUUACAAGACCGCAAAGCGAACGCCUCGUUUGUCAUACUUGUACGGAACUCUGAGCUUUGGGGAAUCAUGAGCAGUAUGAAGCAACUCGAGGAUAGGUUCAACAGGAAGUUCCAGUAUCCUUAUGUCUUCCUGAAUGACCAACCUUUUACGCAGAACUUCAAGGACCACAUACGGGCCUUGACCAAUAGCACGGUCGAAUUCGGUCUCAUCCCACCCGACCAUUGGCAUCAACCAUCAUGGAUCGAUGAAGAUCAAGCAAGCAAAUCUCGCGAUGACAUGGUUAGGGGCAAUGUAAUUUACGGAGGUAGUGUUUCAUACCGGAAUAUGUGUCGCUUUAACUCUGGCUUCUUCUAUCGACAUGAGCUCUUGCAGCAAUACCGGUACUAUUGGAGAGUCGAGCCAGACAUUAAGUUGUUCUGCGACGUGGACUAUGAUCCCUUUCUUGUGAUGCAAGACCAUAACAAGGUGUAUGGCUUUACCAUAUCAAUAUAUGAAAUCCAAGCUACUGUUCCAACGCUAUGGAACGUUGUAAAGUCUUUCAUCAAUGCUAAUCCUGACUUUGUGACUCCUGGCAAUGCGAUGGAAUUCCUCUCUGAUGAUGGCGGAGAGUCCUACAAUAUGUGUCACUUCUGGAGCAACUUUGAAAUUGCAGAUCUUGAUUUCUGGCGAGGCGAGGCAUAUUCGAAAUUCUUCGAAUAUCUUGAUGAGCAGGGUGGAUUCUAUUAUGAGCGUUGGGGAGAUGCACCAGUUCAUAGCAUCGGAGCUGCACUGUUCGCGAAGAAGGAGCAAAUUCACUUUUUCAAUGACAUCGGGUAUGAACACGAGCCCUUCCUGCACUGUCCACAGGGAGAUGUGUACACCAAAGGAAAAUGUUGGUGCGACCCUGAUGAGAAUGUCGACUAUCAGCGGUAUUCAUGCCUGAAACGAUACGAUAGGCUAUUCUCGUAGGUCGAAAUAUUCAGUGCUAUCAUGGCGUAUGUUCCUAGCAGUGAUGUGUAUGCUGCACUCCACGAUCUGUCUAGUACUAUCUGAGACAUAUUCACGAUGGACUGACUGCACCUAGUCAUUGAUGUGAUUUUGACUUAGAGACGAAAACACGUCAAAGUACGGAGCUGAGUCAUCGAGCGGAUUGAAGU